AUGUCUCAAAUGCUAGAGGAAGAUUUUACAGAGGAAGGAGGAGAAUUAAAUCUUCAACAUGAUGAGCUUCAAGAACACAAUAAUAACGAUACAAUAAUCAAACAAUUAUCACCAUCAUCCGAAUAUAUUGAUUUAAAUACAUCCACUCUAAAACCUCUUCAUCGUUACCUUUUAAUUGGCUUUGUUACAUUUCUCGUCUUGAUAUUCUUCGGAUCAUUGAUGGGAGUGAUCAUCAAGAAUCGGAAGAAACUCAGACAAAGUGGUUUGACCUUUCCACAGCCUACCUAUACUCCAAGUGAUGAUAAAUUACAUUUUCUAGUGAUUGGAGAUUUUGGUAGAGAAAACGAUGCUCAGAGGAAGGUUGCCAAUUCAAUGGGUGAAUAUUGCAAGGAGAAUGAUGGUUGUGAUUUUGUGGUUGGAGUUGGGGAUAAUAUCUAUCAGAGUGGAGUUGAGUCUAUUUAUGAUGAACAGUUUAAAACCAAGUUUGAAGAUAUUUACAAUCAUAAAGCAUUGGAAGAUUUGGAUUUUUACAUGAUUUUGGGUAAUCAUGAUUAUAGGAAUGAUGUAAAGGCACAGAUUCUGUAUACUCAAUUGAGCAAAAGGUGGAAAAUGUUGGAUUUCUUCUAUGAAAUUAACAAAAAGUCGAGAUUGGGAGGAUUUGAUCUCAAUUUACUUUUCACAGAUACCAAUCCAUUCCACUUUUUAUUCUUUUUGGAUCCAUUGACUAACAAGACUGUCAUUAAUGAACAGGCCAAGAGAAUUCCAGAACAAAUGGAAUGGCUCAAGAGCAAGUUGAGAAAGCCAAAAGGAGACGAUCAAUGGACCAUUGUGGCAGGUCAUUCACCAGUUUAUUCUGCCUCCCAACACUACGAUUCUCAACCAUUAAUCCAAAACUUUGAACCUCUAUUUAGAGAAUACAGAGUCCCACUCUAUUUGUGUGGGCACGAUCACCAGUUGGGUUGGAUGGCAAAUAGAGAAAUAAUCAAUUCAAGAGAGCAAACUCAAUAUAUUAUUUCAGGUGCUGCUGGUGGAUCCAUCUAUAGAACAAUCAAGUACAAUCCCAACUUGUUUAAUUAUUAUGUGGGAGAGGGUGGAUUCUACUCUGUAGAAGUUCAACAUGAUUUCAUCUUUGUAAUAGCCCUUAAUGAAAAUGGAGAAGAGAUUUACAAGUUCAGAAUUGACAAACAAUGA